AUGGGAUCAUUUAAGACACUGGAGCUUAGGAAGAGCGGGACGUCCGACCAGGAUAAUACUGAGGAGUUAAGUCUGGGAGAUGACCGAGGAUGUCAGGAAGGCAGAAAAAAAGAGCGUGUGGACGAGGCUGGUCAAAAACAAGCGGCCUCAAAGGCAUUGGGUGACGAGAGAGAAACAAAAUACGGCGCUUUGAUCCGAGACGCCUCGUUUAGGACUGCUCUCAUGCCGGAGGCAGCUGCUGAUGCCGGCCGUGUUAAAGACAGCACCGCAAAGUCCUGCCCCAAAGACACGGAUCAUACAAAUUAUAAUGUUAAAAUGACAGAUAGGGGUAAAAGUCCAAUAAGGAGCAGCAGUUGCGCUGAUCGACAAGCACCAAUAGCAUCUAAGAAACUUGUGAAGUCUCAUUCGUCAUCAUUUAAAUUGCAUGGCCAGAACAAUUUAAGAAACUGCAGUAGCAACUCGCAUUAUGAGUGCGAUGACGUCACAUCAACCACCGAAGACCAUUUCGCUUCGGAGAAAGAUUCUCGCCUUGGACUACAAGCAAAACAGGAGCCAUGUCAAGCUUCAGCUUCACGUGAAGCGUUCACUAUUGGAAUCACGAGCGAUGAACCCGACACGACAACCUCCUGUAAAGAGGAAGAUGAUGAAAUCGAAACGGUGGCUGUUAAGGAGGACGAUGAUCCGCUCAGCGAUCCCCACGACUUAUCACGAGCCGAAGGCCAUCGACUGAACGAGGGACGCUCGAUGAGAAGCUCUCCUCAGGAGUCCGGUGACGACGACACUGAUGAGAUGCAAAUUGAGGAUGAUCACCUCCAAGCAAAAACCCUCGACCAGAGUCACCGUAAGGAAUCCUUCAAAUCUAAAGGAUCUUCUCCCUCUUCAGAUUCUGUCCCUGAUAGCUUUCGACAGUCGUUCAAUUUUUCAGCUUUUCAUCCACUAGAUGCAAAUGCGACAGCGCUCACGGCCCAGGCUCUCUUGGGCUUCAAUGAUGCCAUCACUGCCGCUACAGCUUCACUACUGAAACUACAAUCUUCUGGUGUUUGCGCUCCUGAAAGGUCCUCCAACUCCUCAUCAGAGUGUUCUUCAGCGGCCACGCAGUCUCAACUUGUUAUGAAACUUUUAGCGUCAAGUGGCGCUGCAAAAGCUUCGUCUGAAACCGACGCUGGAGUCUCGUCAUUAUUCUCCGAAGAUUCUUUAGCUGCAGCUGCCAGCGCGGCUGCGGUUGCUGCCUCUUCCAUUUUCCGGCCGCCUUCCAUGCCGAUUUUGGACCGGCGAUCAGCCUCACCAAGCACUGCUUCCGUAGCCAAAUUUUCCACGAUGACGAGCGGACGAGCAAAAAAACUGCCAAAGUCCGGGAAUUCGCUAGCGGUUGGUCGCUCCGACGGCCUUCAAACGAUCCAAACUCCGCAACCCAUCCGCGCGUCUCUGAAUUUAGCGGAUGCCGCAGCAAGCCUCGCGUCGCUCACACCGCACCUUCUCAGUGACGCUCAGGAAUAUCGUCAGCUUCUGGCUUCAGACAUGUCUGCUGAGAGCAGCAAGUGUCCCACUCCGGGCUGCAACGGUAGCGGUCACGCCACGGGCCUCUACUCCCACCACCGCUCCUUGUCAGGCUGUCCCCGCAAGGACAAAGUUACUCCUGACAUUCUUGCGGCGCACGAGACGAUCGUGAAGUGCCCGACUCCAGGCUGCUCUGGCCGCGGUCAUGUAACAGCCUCCCGCCACUGCCACCGAUCGUUGUCGGGCUGUCCUCUAGCCGCCGCUUCCCGACAAGCCGCCAGAAGUCACCGCCAUCGAAUGGCUUUACUUCAGCAAAACACCACCACACCACACCACCAUCAAUACAAUCAGCAACUGUCUCCACAGCAGCAACAAGGUUCUCAUCAUCAGCUGCAGCACCAGCAGCAAGUCGCUGCGGCGGCAGCACGACAACAUUACUUGGGGACAUCCAACGUCUCGUCUCCUGCACCUGCUGCUCCCGGUGGGGGCCGCAAGCGCAGCGCAGAAGAGUCGCUCGACAUGAAGGUGGGCACAAGUGAGCCCUGCUGGGGGGCAGCCCCAUGCCCUGCCCCACUACCCUCCUGCCCUCCCCCGGCUUCCCCAGCACACAGACCAAUGGACACGUCCCCAGCCCAGCCUCACGACUCCUCCUCGAAACUUCCCUCACAUAACAAUAACAACAUCAAUACAGCCAAUAAUAAUACUACUAAGUCUCCGUUGCCUGUAAUUAACAAUACGAACAACAAUGGAAGUAUAACUGUAAAUCAUAGCGCUGAUCAAAAUAAACCAAACCAAAACCGACCUCAACAACAUCAACAGCAACAAAAUUCUGUCAGUACCCCAAUAACGUCUGUUUCUACUGUCACCCACAACAAUAACAAUAGUAACAACAAUCACACGUUUACAGCCCCUCACCCACCACCUCCCCACACCAAGUCCCACGCCACCAUCAACGGCUUGAAUCACAAUAACAAUAACAUCAGUAACAACAGCAACACGAGCAAGGGACUGAGUGCAUUCAGUGGAGUUAACAUAAAAUCAGAGUCUGCAGGAGGUUUACAGUGUUUCAACUACAAGUCUGAAGAAGAACAGCAACAACAGCAGCAACAACAGCCGUCGCUCGUCAGGCCUCUAACUGAGGUCCGAGAAAACAACACAAGAUUUGACAUCAGCACCGCAUCGUACUUGGAUCUGGACCGUCAGUCAACGAUCACGUCGUCUCAGACGGCACCUCAUCUGUCGGCCUCGUCAACCACAAGCACCUCCACUCCCUCCUCGUCAUCCUCCGUGCCAAGUUUCCACUCGUCUGUCCUCACCCCCAGCUCAAGCGUGACCAGCCUGCACAGCACACCAAGUCUCAUGUCCCCACACUCGCAUAACGGAUUCCCCAGCUCCAUCAAGUCAGAUUUUACUCCCCCAGCUCCACCUCCUGCUGUCGUUUCGUCUGCUGCGAGUCAUGAAGCCUAUUUUGCCGCUCACUACGCAAAUCCCAACAAGACUGGAAAUUUGUGUGACAUUAAGAGUAUGGAUACAUUACCUCCCAUCUCAGCCGCAUAUCAUCCCAUCCCGCCUCCUCCUAUGUAUCAAAGCGGAGGCUACAGGUACGACAGCCCCGCCAUCAACUUGAGCGUGAAGACCUCGGCUCUCGGCCCAUCGUCCAUGUCCCCAGGGAAUGUGAUGGACUUGUCAGGUCCUCUAGUGACGUCCCCACACUACCCGGGACCUGGCGUGUCCCCUUGUUACAGUGGGCCACACCUCGUGUCACCUGGCAGUGCUGCAGAGUCUCAUCAAACACUAGACUUAUCUCUUAGACCUCCUGGGUCGUUUAGUCCAGACUACAGUCCACCAUCGCGCUUGGGAGGAGUUGUUUACCCCGGACACCCACCCACCUUCGGGCAACCCGCACCCAUCGACGAGCAGACCGAGCCCGUGGACUUCAGUUCCCCCAACGAGCCCGUGAACUUCUCGCUGCCCCGGCCCCUCGACUACCCUCCUCCUGCCCACCACGGCUGCCCGGCGCCAGAUCCUGGAUAUGCUUCCGACAGAGCGGCUCAUGAUUUCCGCAACAUGAAUGGCUACAACGCCAUGACAAGCCGACCGUAUGACGUCACGUCGGCCUAUAACACCGGUUACAUGGGCUACCAGGGCUACCAAGGAAGCUAUAUGGGUGCAGGGGGCUAUGGUGCGGCCAUGGGUCCAGUGGGACCAGACUACAUGUCUUCUGCAGCGUGUGGGACGCCGUACCAAUUGUCCCCGUCUCGCACACAGCCUCCUCCAACUCCCCUGCCUGAGAGUGGCGUCCGCCCGUUUGCCCGCAGCAGCAGUCGCCGCGACGGCAAAGAGCUCAUCCAAUGCCCCACGCCGGGCUGUGAUGGCAUGGGCCACAUCACCGGCAACUAUGCCACCCACAGGAGCUUAUCGGGAUGUCCGCGCGCCGAUCGCUCCGCAAUCCAGCAUCAGACCCAGGAGCUGAAAUGCCCUACGCCGGGAUGCGAUGGAAGUGGUCACGUCACAGGCAACUACUCUUCACACCGCUCUCUCUCCGGAUGCCCAAGAGCAAACAAACCUAAACAUAAACCCAAAGACUCUCAAGACUCCGAACCUCUACG